GCAGAAGGUUGUGUUGUGGUCAGCAGUCCACGCCUCCGCGCUCAUACAGUGUUGUUGGAGGAACAGAAACAAGAGCUGAACUGUUGAAGAAAUAAGUGAUGUCCUGUUUCAAGUCUUCUCCUGCACCUCCCUACCCGGUGUAAAUGUGCUUUUUGUAAACAUGUCAGGACGUUAUACCAAGAGGAAUGUUAAGCUGCUGAAACAGGUGAAAUACAAGAAUAUAGCAUUCAGAAGACAUUCCGGUACUCAGCAAACAUCAUCUGGUACCCUACACAUGAACACAUCCCCCAGACAAAUGCAGAAACGCAGCAAAGAAAGAACUCACUACUGCUUGGAAUGUGGAAAGAGUUUUACUCAACAGGGUCAUCUCAAAAUACACCAGCGCAUUCACACAGGAGAGAAGCCGCAUCACUGCUCAGAGUGUGGGAAGAGUUUUAAUCAUCAGAGUAAUCUCCAACGUCACCAGCACAUACACAAAGAAGAGAAACCGUAUUACUGCUCAGAGUGUGGAAAGCGUUUUACUCUACAAAGUACUUUGAAAAGACACCAGCAUAUUCACACAGGAGAGAAGCCGUAUCGCUGCUCAGAGUGUGGGAAGAGUUUUAAUCAUCAGAGUAUUCUCCAAGAACACCGGCGCAUCCACACUGGAGAGAAGCCGUAUUACUGUUCAGAAUGUGGGAAGAGUUUUACUGUAAAGAGUACUUUCCAAAACCACCAGCGCAUUCACACGGGAGAGAAGCCGUAUCACUGCUCAGAGUGUGGGAAGAGUUUUACUCAACAGAGUCAUCUCCAACAACACCAGCGCAUUCACACAGGAGAGAAGCCGUAUCACUGCUCAGUGUGUGGGAAGAGUUUUAAUCGUCAGAGUUCUCUCCAACAACACCAGCACAUUCACACAGGAGAGAAGCCGUAUCACUGCUCAGAGUGUGGAAAGAGUUUUAAUCAACAGUGUAAUCUCCAAGCACACCAGCGCAUUCACACAGGAGAGAAGCCGUAUUACUGUUCGGAGUGUGGGAAGAGUUUCCGGCAUUCAAAGACAAGUACUCUACAUCAGCACCAGCACAUUCACACAGGAGAGAAGCCUCAUUACAGCUCAGAGUGGGGGAUGAGUUUUAAUCAGGGUUAUCUCCUACAACACCAGCACAUUCACACAGGAGAGAAACUGUACCACUGCUCAGAGUGUGGAAAGAGUUUUAAUCACCGGAGUUCUCUCUAUCGACACAAGCGGAUUCACACAGGAGAGAAACCGUAUCGCUGCUCAGAGUGUGGGAAGAGUUUUAAUCGACAGAGCUCUCUCAAACAACAUCAGCGCAUUCACACAGGAGAGAAGCCGUAUCACUGCUCAGAUUGUGGGAAGAGUUUUAAUCAGCAGAAUACUCUCCAAGAACACCAGCGCAUUCAUAGAGGAGAGAGACCAUUUCACUGCUCAGAGUGUGAGAAGAGUUUUAUUAAACAGAGUCAUCUCCUACAACACCAGCGCAUUCACACAGGAGAGAAGCCGUAUUACUGCUCAGAGUGCGGGAAGAGUUUUAAUCAGCUGAGUUCUCUCCAUCAACACCAGCGCAUUCACACAGGAGACAAACCAUAUUACUGUUCAGAGUGUGGAAAGAGUUUUACUUUACAGAGUAAUUUCCAGCAACACCAGCUCAUUCACACAGGAGUUAAAUCAUAUCACUGCUCAGAGUGUGGAAAGAGUUUUAAUCAGCAGAGUUCUCUCCUUCGACACCAGCGCAUUCACACAGGAGAGAAACCGUAUCACUGUACAGAUUGUGGGAAAAGAUUUAAUCGACAGAGCUCUCUCCAACAACACCAGCGCAUUCACACAGGAGAGAAGCCGUAUCACUGCUCAGAGUGUGGGAAGAGUUUUAAUCAACAGAGUGCUCUCCAAGGACAUCAGCGCAUUCACACAGGAGAGAAGCCGUAUCACUGCUCAGAGUGUGGGAAGAGUUUUAGUCGUCAGAGUAUUCUCCAACUACACCAGCGCAUUCACACAGGACAGAAGCCGUAUCACUGCUCAGAGUGUGGGAAGAGUUUUACUUUAAAGAGUUCUCUCCAACGACACCAGCAGAUUCACACAGGAGAGAAGCCGUAUUACUGUUCAGAGUGUGGGAAGAGUUUCAGGCAUUCCAGUACUAUGACGACACACAAGUGCACUACAAGCAGUGGUGGAAAUGGGCAGUCUUAUUUAAGAAAAAUGCCAUCCAGAAAACGUUCCGGUACUCAGCAAACGUCAUCUGGUACCCUCCACAUCAACACAUCUGCCAGACAAACACAGAAAUGUGGCAAGAAGAGAACUCACUACUGCUUGGAUUGUGGAAGGAGUUUUACUCUAAAGAGUAGUCUCAAACUACACCAGCGCAUUCACACAGGAGAGAAGCCGUAUCACUGCUCAGAGUGUGGGAAGAGUUUUAGUCGACAGAGUUAUCUCCAACUACACCAGCGCAUUCACACAGGAGCUAAACCAUAUUACUGCUCCGAGUGUGGGAAAAGGUUUAACGUACAAAGUAAUCUCAAAACGCACCAGCGCAUUCACACAGGAGAGAAGCCGUAUUAUUGCUCAGCAUGUGGGAAGAGUUUCAAUCGUCAGAGUUCUUUCCAAGAACACCAGCGCAUUCACACAGGAGAGAAGCCGUAUUACUGCUCAGAGUGUGGGAAAAGUUUUACUCUACAGAAUACUCUCAAAAUACACCAGCGCAUUCACACAGGGGAGAAGCCGUAUUACUGCUCAGAGUGUGGGACGAGUUUUAAUCGACAGAGCUCUCUCCAACAACAUCAGCUCAUUCACACCGGAGAGAAGCCGUAUCAGUGCUCAGAGUGUGGGAAGUGUUUUAAUCGUAAGAACUCACUCCAACAACACCAGUUCAUUCAUACAGGAGAGAAGCCUUAUAAUUGCUCAGAGUGUGGGAAGAGUUUCAGGCAUUCCAAUAGUAUGAAAAUACACAAGUGCACUAAGAGCAGCGGUGGAAUGGGAAGUAAUGAGUAUAAUUGUAAGACAUUCCGGGAGUAAAAGCCUACAGGAAAUCAUGCUUCCAGACCAGGUUUAAAAAAAGUCCAGAUAACUGUUUUAGAUUGAAAAUCCAACUUUUGUUGUUUUACACUGUUUCUUCUACAUGAGCAUAACAGGAAAUAACAUUUUUAUAAUAAUAUUAAUAGUGUGGUGGAAAACAAUUGACAAGCUCCACAUUCAGUAAUAUUCUAGUUUCUGGUUUAGUAUAUCUAAGGUACUUUGUGUUUCAAUUGCAGUGUUGGAAGUUGUGACAACCCUUUGACAUUGUGCUUUGCUCCUUGAGUUUUUCUGUUGCUCCUUUGUUAACUAGUUAAUGCUUGUUACAAUGAAAAAGUCACUUCCCUUUUAAUCUUCAGGAAAUGUAUUCUGUAUGCUAUAGUAAAUAUGUAAUUUGGCAUUUCAGCAAUUCUGUGUUCUUGUUAAGAACAAAUUAAAGAGAUAUAAUCCUGAGGA